ACACCUCCCUUUACCUUCGGAACGAGUAAUUCCAAAACCUCAAACGUGGAAUUUCAAUGCCAGUAGCAAUGGCUUCGUCAAUUUCUCGAAGCUUACGUCUUCGCAGUAUCUAUGGCUCCCUUACUGCUCAAUGCCGUCUCAAUAAACCCUCAUUUCAUAGUCUUUCCGGAAAUUCUCGACCUUUCACAGCGGAUUUCCCCCCCGCUUUUGCAGCAAUUAAUUUUAGAUUUUUGUGCACGACUGCUACUGGUAGCAGUAUUAAUCAAUCAAAUUCAAAUGCGCAUGUAACUGGAACAUCGGCGAGUAGAUCGUCGGAGGGUAAUUCUGGUAACAAUAAUGAUGGAAAGGGUUCUGGUGGAUCGCUAGGGAAGCCAGUUCGCGGUGGGCCUGUUUCGUGGAUGAGCUUCUUUUUGCUUCUUUGCACAGGAGCGGGAUUGGUUUACUACUAUGACAGGGAAAAGAAACGGCACAUUGAAGGAAUAAAUAGUGCUUCAAAUGCUGUGAGACAGGGACCCUCUGUUGGGAAACCAGCUAUUGGGGGUCCAUUUAACCUCAUUGACCAUAAUGGGAAAGCUGUCACUGAUAAGGACUUUCUAGGGAACUGGAACUUGAUUUAUUUUGGCUUCACUCACUGCCCCGAUAUAUGCCCGGAUGAGCUACAAAAGCUUGCUGCUGCAAUUGAUAAAAUAAAAGAAAAAUCUGGAUUGGAAGUACUGCCCGUGUUCAUUUCAGUUGAUCCAGAAAGGGAUACUGUUGAACAAGUUUCUGAGUAUGUCAAAGAAUUUCAUCCAAAGUUGAUUGGAUUAACUGGUAGCCCGGAUGAAAUUAAGAAAGCUGCACGUGCUUAUCGAGUAUACUAUAUGAAGACAGAAGAAGAAGGCUCAGAUUACCUUGUUGAUCACUCAAUAGUCAUGUAUCUGAUGGACCCAAAUAUGCAGUUUGUCAAGUUUUUCGGCAAGAAUGUAGACGCUGAUUCACUUGCUGAUGGCGUAAUUCAAGAAAUAAAGCAGCAGAAAUUGGUAAAAGCAUAGUUCUGCGUUCUCCUGGUCCAGGAGAUCUUGUCUGAACUGUAAAACAACAUUUUUCAUGGGAUGUUCAUUGCAGAAUAAUCUCAAGGCUAUAUUUUUUAAGAUUAUAUGAGCGUACAUUUUAGAUAACUUCAUACUUGGAAGAAUAAAUUAUGCCGAUGAAGGUAUACUUAGUACGUGACAUGGAAACUAACAAGAUUUUAGCUUCUUUUUCUCUCUCACUUUAUGUGACCUAGAUUAUGAAUGCUCGACAUAACUUUCAUCCUCAGAAUUGUAAUUUUUGCCACUGGUACAAGUACUUUGCCAAUAGAGGAUAAUUUUAUUAUUA